AUGCAGUCGACACGAUCACUCGCCUCGAAUAUGCUGCGCUCGCAGCCAGCUGCCGCCAUGCUCCGGACACGGGCUGUGCCAAUGCUCCGCAACCAAGCCACGAGGGGCUUCAGAACGUCUGGCCUCAGAAUGGCAAAGGCUCCGGCUGAGGAACAACGCGCCCACACAAUCUCCCAGCGCCUGCGCACGCUCAAGAAGAUCCCACCGGAGUUGAUCCCCCUCGGUGUUGUCCUGGCAGCUGCCAUUUUCGCCGCCGUCUACAGCUUGGGCCGCAAGCUCGCGGUUGACAAGACCCUGCGACUGUACCGACAAGGACCAGAGAAGCACUAG